AUGAUUUCAGCUACCGCGUGGGUGCCAAGGGGGUUUCCGUCGCAGUUCCCCGAGAAGUAUGUGUUGGAUGAUGAGGAGAUGGAGCGGAUCAACCAGAUGGCUCAAUUGAACCUGGAAGAUGCCAAGGAGGAUCUUGCCGAUGCGCAGGAUGCGCAGGCUGGUGCUGAGAGCGAAGAGGCGGGUGAAGAGGCAGGUGAUGUUGCCCAGCCCAACACUGACAGGUUGAAGGACCAGGCGGAGGUUGACGACGACUUGAAGGAGUUCGACAUGGAGCACUACGAUGACGAGGACGGUGCUGAAGGUGCUGAGAUGUCGAUGUUCCCUGGGCUGUCCGAUGAGGUGAAGUUCCAUGCGGGUGAGGGCGACGAGGACGCAUACAUCUCAAUGCCGCACGAGAAGGAGACCGAGGAGGACAAGGAGGAGUUGCAAGUCUACCCAACGGACAACAUGAUCCUGGCCACCAGAACCGAGGACGAUAUCUCUUACUUAGACGUCUAUGUCUACGAUGAUGGUGCUGGUUUCCACAGUGACGAGAUACCUGUUGAAGAAGGCGACGAGUACGACCCGGAUGUGGCCCGUGGUAUGGUCCGUGACUCCGCAUUGUAUGUGCACCACGACCUCAUGCUGCCUGCUUUCCCAUUGUGCGUGGAGUGGAUCGACUACAAAGUCGGCUCCAGCUCCGAGGAGCCAGGCAACUUCGCGGCCAUCGGUACUUUCGACCCUCAAAUCGAGAUCUGGAACCUGGACUCAGUGGACAAGGCUUUCCCAGACCUGAUUCUCGAUGAGCCUGAAGAGAACUCGGCCGCCAGUCUGGGCAAGAGCAAGAAGAAGAAAGGUAAGAAGAAGGGCCAUGUCACAACACACCACACUGACGCCGUUUUGUCGCUGGCCCACAACAGACAAUUCCGUACCGUGCUUGCCUCUACAUCUGCUGAUCACACCGUUAAGCUAUGGGACUUGAACAACGCUACUGCUGCACGUUCCAUGGCCAACAUCCACAGCAACAAGAACGUCUCCUCGUCUCAGUGGCACAUGCAGAACGCUUCAAUCUUGCUGACUGCAGGUUACGAUUCCCGUGCUGCGUUGACCGAUGUUAGAAUAUCAGACGAGGCUCAGAUGUCCAAGUAUUGGUCCGUACUACCUGGCGAAGAGAUCGAAACCGCCACUUUUGCCAGCGAGAACAUAAUACUGUGUGGUACCGAUGCCGGUAACGUUUACUCCUUCGAUAUUAGAAACAACGAGGGCUCCAAACCGGUAUGGACUUUGAAGGCACACGAUGCCGGUAUAUCGUCGUUGAGUUGUAACAGAUUCAUCUCCGGUAUGAUGGCCACUGGUGCCAUGGGUGAGAAGCAGGUCAAGCUGUGGAAGUUUCCUACUGAAGCCACCGCGGGCUCCAGCGGUCCCGGCAUGGUGCUGUCCCGAGACUUCGAUGUUGGCAACGUGCUGACCUCCAGCUUUGCACCAGACAUCGAAGUUGCCGGUAACAUAGUCAUCGGUGGUGUCAGCAAGGGCCUCAAGCUGUGGGAUGUGUUCUCCAACCGUUCCGUACGUAGAGUGUUCCAGGACGAGCUGCAGCAGGUGCAAGAAGCCGCCAAGGCCGAGGCCAAGUCAUUGGGCAGAAGCUCCAGGAUUGCCAGGAAAUACAUCAAGAACGACAACCCGGACACCGUGCUUACAAUCGAGGACAAGAACGAGGACGAGGACGAGGACGAUGAAGGCGAAGAAGACUGGGAAGACGAGGACGAAGAGUAA